AACCCUGAGAGGGCUCGGGGAGGAAGCCCUCGCCACCCGCCUCCCGCCCAGCUCCGGGCGGAGGGCGCGGACGACCGUGACCCGUGGGCCGAGGUGCCGGGCGAGGCGCGGCCCACGGGGCGUGUCCUCCCCGGCUGGGGCGCCGCCGCGGGGAGAGGCGCAGAGGGCGAGCGCGGCGAGCAUGGAGCGCGAGCUGGAGGCGCUGGAGGCGCUGGCGGCCCGGCCCGCGCGCCCGGCGGAGCCGCCCUUCCAGGCGCUGGUGGAGGCGGCGGGCGGCCGCGGGCAGGUGCUGCUGGUGGGCGAGCUGUGGGAGCGCGAGCCGAGCCGCGCGCUGCUGCGGGACUUCGCCCGGGCCGUGUUCCCGCCUGAGCCCGCCGGGGGCAAGCUGGGCGGAGAGGCGGCCGAGGGCGCGGGGCCACAGGCGCAGAAGGCGCCGGGGCCGCCGGCGGGGCCGCGCACCAUCCGCUCGCCGCUCGUCUUCGUGCUGUGCCGCGCGUCGUCGCUGGCCGCCCGGGAGCCGCGCCGCCGCCUGCGGGAGAUGCUGCGGGACGUGCGCGGCCGCCGGCGGGCCGGCGCGGCGCUGGUCGGGGUUCUGGUGGCCGAGGCCGGGCCGGAGGACGCGGCGGCGCCCGGGCUGCGGCUGCUGGAGGCGCUGCUGCGCGCCGUGUUCGGCCGCCAGGCGGGGGGCCCCGUGCAGGCGGCCGCCUACUGCCCCGGCCGCCCAGCCUCCAGCCUGGCCGUCCAGGCAGCCGCCUGCAGGGCCCUGCAAGCCGCCGGGCCCGGGCGACCAGCCGAGGGAAGCUGGGAGAGACCGCGCUUCCAGGGGCUGCUGGGGUGCUUUUCCUGGGGUCCCAGGAGCCAGAGGAAGGGCCAGGCUGACAUCUCCUCCUGUGGCCCAGCUCAGGAUGUCUCCCAGGCCCCCGAGGAGGAGCUGGCACUGACAGCUAUGUUUCCCAAUGGAGACUGUGAGGAUACCGGAAGAGGGGCGAGAGCUUGUGAUGGGGUCGUCCACAUUCCCACUGAGCCCCCUGGAAACUCAAGAUGAAGGCUGGAUCCCUGGGCUGCCCUACACCUGCAGAUGGGGGGCUGGCUUCUUCUCCACCUGGAGCUUCCACAUGCCCAUGUUGACCUUGGGAUGGUGGUAACUACAAAUGCUCCACCUGCCGGGGGGACGGCACAUUCACAGUCACCAGCCAGGAAGAGGGACUUACUAACUAAGCAGAAUCUAGGAAAACAUAUCCCCCAGGAACCUGCUUCCCACCUAGCAUCGCUGGCUCUGUGAUCUCAGUGAGGUUAUUUUGUUUCUCUGUGCCUCAGUUUCUCUCUGCCAUGGAAGUAGAUGGCUCUCUGCCUUGAGGCUCUGGGGUGGCCGUGGCAUCCCCUGGUGUGUUUGCAGUGCUCUGAGUACACCCAUGAGCAUCAGCCCUUUCAAGUGCAGCUGGAGGGAACCCCGAACUGGAAGUCGUCAGAUCCGGGGAUGUGAACUUGGACGUGUCACUCAACCUUUGGACUUCUGAUUCCCAAAUGCAUGAAGAGGUUAUUAGCCCAUUGGUUCCCAACCAGGGACCACGCCACCCUUCCAGGUGGCAUUGGAAACAUGUGCAUGUGUGUUUGGGGAAAGGAGUGUCACCAUGACUGUGGGGCACCCCUGGCAUUUCAGGUACAUCUUGCAUUGUGCAGGCCAGUCCCCCACAACAAAGAAUUGUUGCAUUCAAAAUGUCAAUUGUGAUGCCUUUGAGAAACCCUGAACAAGCCGUCUCCCUGUCAAAUUCUAGGAUGAGUUUCCCAGAGCAGAGAGGGUAGAGGCUGUGCUUCCUGAAUCUGGAUUCCUAGAGCAAACUAGAAUAAAGACCACAGCAGAGGAGAGCUAGGGGCAUGGGGCCCACGGGCAUGGGACUUGCCUAAAUCUCAGGCCCUAACCCCAGGUCAAACCAAAUCUGCCUAGAGGCACCCUGAGUUCCCAAGUCCUCUCCUCUGUGACUAUGGUUAGGACAGGGUCCAUGACAUUCCUUUGAGAGCUGGGAAGCCCGUCUGUUCACUUCCAGCAUGAACUCACCUUCCCUGUCUUCCUUGCCUGCCUUGGGGGGAAUCCAGCCUUUGGAAUAGCAUGGGCAGCCUCCUGAUUGUCCCUUGUACAAAGCUAAAGGACGUUGCUAAAUUCAUUCAUUCAUGCACGAUUCACUCAGCAGAUAGCCAUCUGUGCCUGUUGUUUGCCUUGUGCUCUGAGAAUGCUGCAUAAUUCUCAUGAGCUAUUUCAGCUCAUUGAUGGCACCAAAAUGUGGAGUGAGAAAACUUCUGUGGCUGAUGAGCUCUGUGACAGUAAGGACAGGUCCUCCCUGCCCUGUGCCUCAAUUUCUUCUCUAUGAGAAAGAGCCUAAUCCUAUCCCUCCCUGGCCUCAGGGGCACUGUGAGGACAGGCCUAAUGACAUCUUUGGGGUUAGUUGGCAACAGGCAUUGUUUUACUAAUUCAGAGCAGCUCACCAAUGGGUGGGCUCAGCUGGUUUCCUUCUAUACAAGAAAGAACUUGAUGAAUUACUGUUGAUUUUGUUUUAAAAUAGGGAGACUGACAUUUCUGAAGCUGCUGUAUUUUUCUGUCUCCCUUAAUUUCUUUGUUUUAAUUGGGCUGGGCUUUUAUCAUUGGGAGAGAUGGGUUUAAGUUAGGAAUUUGUGUAAGGCAGAAGUUACAAAGCUCUGUGGUGUUUAAAAAUCUUUUGUAUUCAUUGCUAAUAUUUAAAACUUGGAUGAAUGCACAUAAAAGUCUAGUUUUCUGUGCAGAAAUCGGGA